AUGUCGACAUUACCUUACCUAAUUACUGAUUCUUUAGAAGAAUUCUCCUAUGAAAAUGCCCAGUGUUCUCUUCAAAAAAAAGAAAAAACAGAAAAAUGUAACGAACCCAAUAAUUCCAAAGGAAAACAAUUAAAAAAACAAAAGCUUGAAUCAGUUCAUAAAUACCUCAAUGAGCUUAGUGAUGAACUCGAAACUUCCAAGUUCAGCAAGCGAUGCAAAGAGGAUGCCUAUUGA